GAUUAACUUCACACUGCCGGCGCCGUUUCAGAGAGAACCUUCCGAUGGUGGAACAAUGCUUUUGACGGAAGUGACGGUUGCCGAUGGAAACCAGGGACUUCACGGUAGCGUUUCAAUCGGCGACGAAAGCUUCAUAUCUGACGAUCGACUAGUGUUUCAAUCGGGGAAAUUUCUUGAUUGGUGAGUUGAGAUUUGUUUUAUUCGGCCUAUCUCUCAUAUUCAUAUUCUAAACAGGAUACAUGAUAGAUGGUUCCACUUUAUUGGUGGGUUAUUAGUAGAUUAUACCUUUUUUUCAGUUGAAUAAUUAAACAGGUAUGACUCCUUUAUUGAUGGUUGUCCGUGAAUUGGUUCUUGUUGAAAGACAACAAAGGCGGAAUUGGCGAUGGAACACAGAUACUAAGGUGCUCCGUUGGGUCGGGUCACGGUGCUCCAUGGGCCUCAGCUGGGUCAUAGCCCGUGCUUAUGCAUCUUCUUCGGUAUCAAUGGCAAGCGAAGUUCAAAUUUCCCUUGAAAUUGGACAAGACCCAUCAAAUUCUUCUGAAUUUGAAUCAAAAUUGAAGUUCUUGAGAAGCAAACUGGACCCUGAUAGGGUAACUCGGGUUCUGGAUGCAACACGUGACGUAGAUUCUUCGCUGAAGUUAUUCAAAUGGGCUUCCUUGCAGAAAAGCUUUCAGCACAAUUGUAGCUCAUAUUGCAGUUUAAUAGCUAAACUGGGAAUGAAGGGGAAUGUUACAGAGAUGGAAGGUUUUUGUAAUGAGAUGGUCAAGGCGGGAUAUCCUGGUGUUGAAGAAGCUCUCUUGGGAUUGAUCACUUUGUUUCUUGAUCAUGGUAAGCUUAGUGAAGCUUUACGUGUCCUUGCAUCAUUGAUUUCUGGUAGAUUUAAGCCUUCAAUUGGCGUAUUUAAUGAUUUAUUGGCCGCAUUAGUGGAAGGAAAGAAAGAUUUUAGCUAUGUUGUGUUUGUUUAUAAAGAAAUGGUGAAAGCUAGUGUUGUUCCGGACAUUAACACAUUAAAUUAUUUACUGGAGGCUCUUUUUAUGGCUGAUAGAGUUGAUGUUGCUUUAGAUCAGUACAGAAGAAUGAGCAAUAAAGGAUGCAGUCCUAACAGUAAGACAUUUGAGGUACUUAUAGAAGGUCUUCUUGACAGAGACAGAAUUGAUGACAUACUUGUUGUUCUCGACGAGAUGUCUGAGAUAGGAGAUCAACCGAGUUUGAGUUUCUAUACUAGUUUAAUUCCUGCCUUUUGCAAUUUUAAUAAGCCUGACUUGGGAAUUAGGCUGUUUGAAAUGAUGAGAACUUCUGAACAUGAACCGGAUUCUCAGCUAUACGGAGUGCUGAUCAAAUGUCUAUGCAAAAACCUUCGCGUUCAUGAUGGCAUAAGCCUCUUUGAGGAGAUGUCACGGAAUAGUUUAGCACCAUCUGAUGAUAUGUUAGUUGAUAUCGUAAAUGGGUUAUGUAAAUUAGGCAAAUAUCAAGAAGCUACACAAUUUAUCGAAACAAAUCAUGUUGUUACUAGUAGUCCUUAUAAUGCCCUAGUUCAAAAUUAUUGCAAGACGGCAAAUUUUUCAGAAGCAAAUAAAUUAUUUGGGGAUAUGCUGGAAAGAAACAUAGUUGAUCUUGUUAGUUGGAAUAUUCUCAUCAGAUGGCUCUGUGAAAACACGAGGUUUGAUAAAGCUCUGCAAUUUCUUAGUAAAAUGAUAGUUUUGUCAUUUGUGCCUGACCUAUCUAUUUACUCUUCCCUUAUUUUUGGAAAAUGUAAACUGACUGAUAGUAUAGGUGCUCUAGAGCUUUUCCAUGCAGUCUGUGUCAAAGGUUGGGUUUUGGAUUCGAACUGCUAUGCAGAGCUGGUUGAUUGCCUUUGCUAUACUGAAAUGAUUCAAGAAGCUGUUGAGAUUUUCAAGUAUAUGUCGAAUACUAGGUGCAAUCUACAGUCAUCGUCUUUUGAUAAGUUGAUUGCCAAACUUUGUGAAUCCGGGAGUGUUCUUACAGCAGUUAGGAUCCUAAUAACUGCCUACGAUAGCAGAACAUUCUGUUCAAAUAGAGCUUAUAAUUAUAUAAUACUUGGUUUGUUGAAAUCCAAGAAGGCGAAUGAUGUCUUCAUCUUAAUGUCGAGAAUGUUGAUACUUGGUUGCUCUUUCGACGAGGAAAUAUAUUGUGUACUUGUGAAGAGCACAAUUGAGCUUCACCGAGCUAAGGACAGUGCGUUGCUUUUCAGUUCAAUGGUUAGAGAGGGUUUCUUGCCUGAUUAUGAUAUUCUAACGAAAGUGCUAUUAUUUUUGGGGAAACACUCUAUAUUGACUAUGAUUUUGCCCACGAUAAAUAAGCUUGUAUCGUUUGAAGGCAUUCUCAGUCCGGCGAUGUACAACAUUAUGAUUAAUGGUCUGUGGAGAGAGGGGUCCAAAAGCGAUGCCUCGUUUCUGUUGGAUGUAAUGCUAGAGAAAGGAUGGGUCCCAGAUGCUGCUACACAUUCGUUAUUGAUGGGAUCUGUUGCUAGAAUGGAAGAUGGUGUAGAUCGAACUAGGAUUGAUGAGGACGGUAAUGAGCAAGAUAGUAUUAGUAGUAUACUUGCUGAGGCAUUGGGCGACGCUUCAUAACACUAUCUAAACUUGUUUUGACAAAUGAUUGGAAUUGAAGCACUCGUACUGUUUGAGGCUCGUUAGGGAUGUUUUCCUUGUUGGGG